GCUCUUUCUUUCACAUUCACACUCAUUGGUGGAUUGCCAGCCUCAAAGAGCAGACCAGCACAUCGCCUGUGCUUUACCGUGAUGUAUUCAGCGAUUUCUGAUCUGUAGUUUCUGUUUUCAGCACACUUCUGUUCAGUGUGUAAGGCUGGCACAUCCUCUCUGUGCUACUCAACUGUAAAUCCGCUUCAUAGCUCUUGCACGGGGGUCGAAGCGAUGGAGGCUGUAGCUAUCUACGACUUUCGUGCCACAGAGAACGAUGAACUCAGCUUCCAGAAGGAUGACAUACUUAAGAUCACCAAUAUGGAAGAUGAUCCAAACUGGUAUACGGCAGAGUUAAUGGGAAGGAAGGGCUUUGUCCCCAAAAACUAUAUCAAUUUGAGACCACACACGUGGUUUGCAGGCCGGAUUUCCAGGCAUGUUUCUGAGGGACGACUGCGCCAACGGGAAUGUGGAGCCUUCUUAGUACGAGAGAGCGAAAGCGCGCCUGGAGAGUUCUCCAUGUCAGUCAGCUAUGGUGAUCAUGUGCAACACUUCAAGGUUCUGAAGGACAGAGAAGGACAGUACUUUAUCUGGGACGAGGUCUUUUCGUCUCUUAACCAGUUGGUGGACUUCUACAAAAGCAACAGCAUUGCUAGAGAGAGGGCAGUCUUUCUCCAAGAGGUAGAACGCUCACAAAGGCGGCCACAUCAUGCUCAUGCCUUGGUAGACUUUAUCCCCAAGCACAACUCACAGCUGCAGUUCCUGCGCGGUGAUGUCAUCGACCUGCUCGACUGCUCAGACUCGCAGUGCUGGAAGGGACGCUGUAAUGGGCGUGUUGGCCUCUUCCCUAAAGAGUACGUCAAGCUCAUUUACCACUGACCUCAGCAGAGCCUCAUGCAGGACGUCACGUCUGGUCCUUUACGUCCAUCGCAGUAUGAUGUGAUACACCUACUUCAACUUAUCAGUUAUUAAAUAGACUUUGAGCCAGGAUAGGAUUGAAAUUCACAUGGACUGCUACAGACAGGUGUAAUGUUGCGUCUGUGGAAAAAAAUACAUGUCUUCCCUGAUGAGCAGUGAACAGGAAAACAGAAAGAACUGUAUUAUCCUUUUCAUUUAGCCUACAGCUAUAUACAUGUAAUGAUUAUAGACACUAAGAGUCUCUCUUUGGGCUUCUCUAAGAGCAUCACUAAACAAUGAACAAAAGCAAUAGGUUCAAACCUAAACGUAUUUAGGGGCAAUGCAACAUUAUUGCUGCACUUUUUGUUCUGUAAACAUUUAUUUUGCCACAGCUCUUUAAUUGCAGAUUGUGUGUUUGUGGUAUUUUUAUAUACAUAUGUGUAUAUUUGUCUUGUUGUUGUUGUUAUUGACAUAUAUCUCAUACAUGAACUGGAUGUGAUUAUUGCAGUAGCGAAUGGGAAAAUAAAUAUGUAUUAAUGAUGAUA